AUGGCUCAACCAGUGAGGUCUAUUAGCUUGCCCUCUAGGCUAAACCCCAUUUCCCAAAAGAUUGAGUCUGAGUUAAACAAGUUAAGGACUUGUAGAUCUUCAAGUCCUCUAGGGAGUGAGUCUCUUUUAAUCAAUUUGUCAGGUCUAGCAGAGCUGUUCAAUUCCAUUGAGGAACUGGUUCAAUCUCAACUGACCCAACAAGUUCUUAACCACCAGCAGUGUAAAGCACUAGUGGAAGAGACACUGGAAGGGUCAGUUUGGUUGCUAGACACAUGUGGCAAUGCUAGAGACUUGCUCUUGACGAUGAAGCAACAGGUUCAAGACCUACAAUCCGCUUUACGUAGGAAGAAGUCGAGCAUUGACAGCAGUGUUCAUGCUUACCUUUGCGUUAGGAAGAAGGCAAAGAAGAAUGUCGCAACGAGCCUCGGAGAAUUGAAGAAGAUGGAGACCAGAUUUGGGUGUUUAUUGCAUCUGUUGGAUGUAGACUACAAUGUACUAGUUGUGAUCAAAUUGUUAAGAGAAUUAAGUGCUCUCACGGUUUCUAUGUUUCAGUCCCUAUUUGUGUCUUUAUCCAUGCCAGUGACUACUAGGUGGUCACUGGUAUCAAAACUGAAGGCUGUAACAUUUGCGACAGCCUCGGAGAAAGAGCAGAAGGUUCACAAUGAAGUUGGAACAGUUGAUGUUGCUCUAUGCUCACUACACAAGAGUGAUGCCAAGAUGGAUGUGAAGAAGGUGCAGUUGAAAUUGGAGACACUUGGUUGUAGUAUAACUGGGCUUGAAGCUGGUUUGGAAAGACUGUUCAGAUGCCUACUACAACAUAGAGUGUCUCUUCUUAAUCUCCUUACGCCAUAA